AUGGGCGCCAGGAGGAGCAGGAUCAAGGGGUUGUCGGUAUAUGCCGUUCUCUCCGGUGCAAAAGUGCGCGCUCGCGGCAGCGGGCCCCUGUCGGGGGCGGGGCCUCCGACCUCAUCGCACAUUCUCAGCAGAUGCAGAGCCGCGCUUCGCGGCGCGGCCGAGUGGGGGGAGCUGGAGCAGCGCGUCGUCAUCAGCACUAACAACAUCGCCCAUAAGAAAUUCAAGAUGGAGGGUGAUUUCCUGAAAACGCGCAUCGGGCGACUUGCCUGGCUGCAAAACAUGAUCAAACACGGUGGCGCGCACGUGCAGAUCCUCUCUACCACGCUCGGUCAUGUGAUCUGCGACGUAGACUUGUUUCUUCUGCGGGGAGCGAGCGAUCCAGGUCGAGACGAAAAUCGCAAGCAGCACAAGGGCCACGCCGACCAGACCCUGGACGAAGACGAGUACGUGGACGUCGGCAACAUGAAGGCCAUCGUUCAUCAGCUCGGAAAUCGCGCCCGCACACUCAAGCUCGCAGGGAUGAUCAGCGUUAUCAUGGACCGCAGGCACGCAUGCGCGGUGGAAUGCUACUCGGCGCUCCAGAGGUACAUGACGGCACAGAAGGAGCGCGAGGGAGAGCAAGGCGCGCCGGCAUGCCAGAGAGCUUUCGCGGUUCUCGACAUUUUGAGCAACUACUCCUGCGAGGAGAACUUACCGAGACGGGUCGCCUGCACUCACGCGAUCAUGGAGGCGCUGACGGAGACGGAGCCCAAGGCGCUGCGCAGCGUCAGGGCCUCGCGAGAGGACCCCAGCGGCGAGGGCGCUGGCGGCGAGGCCGAGGCGAGAAGCCUCGCCGACCUGGAGAGGCGGGCGGCGGUGUACUUAGGGCACAUCCGCAGGCAGUUGGCGCAAGAGAAGCAGGCCUGCCAGAGGAUGUUCGACAGCGGGCCCCUCUAUGAGGACCGGCCGGACCCGGUGGAGCCGCCCGUGGACCCCGCGGACAUCGACGACUCCGACGAGGCGAUCGAUGCCGCGCUGGCGCGUGCGCGUGGCGAUUGGUUCCGGUGCGCCUGGCGUGGGUGCUGCCGGAGGCGGCCGCCCGCGGAGAAGGCGAAGGUGAGCUGAGGGCCCCUGCCGGGCGCGAGCUGAGGGCCCUGCUGUCCCCAAGGGCUUGAUUUUUUGUCGCCAGUCGACGAGUGGGGAUCAAGCUAGAUGAGUCAAGGUAUAAUGCAGAUCGCGGUAUUCCCAGGUAGACUCACUGAUCUCAAG